AUGGACCAUAAGGAAGUAGUCCUUCUACUUCUCUUGUUUCUGAAAUCAGGCCAAGGGGACUCCCUGGAUGAGUAUGUAAGCACACAAGGGGCUUCCCUGUUCAGCCUCACCAAGAAGCAGGUAGGGGCAGGAAGCAUAGCGGAAUGCACGGCUAAAUGCGAAGAGGAAACAGAGUUCAUCUGCAGGUCAUUCCAGUACCACAGCAAAGAGCAGCAAUGUGUGAUCAUGGCCGAGAACAGCAAGGCCUCCCCCAUCAUCCGGAUGAGAGAUGUCAUCUUAUUCGAGAGGAGAGUUUAUCUGUCGGAAUGUAAGACUGGCAUCGGGAAGAACUAUAGAGGAACUAUGUCCAAGACAAAGAAUGGGGUUACCUGUCAAAAGUGGAGCGCCACAUCCCCCCACGUACCCAACUAUUCCCCUAACACACACCCCAAUGACGGACUGGAGGAGAAUUACUGCAGGAAUCCAGACAACGAUGACAAGGGACCCUGGUGCUACACAACGGACCCAGACAAGAGAUAUGACUACUGUGACAUCCCUGAAUGUGAAGAAGAAUGCAUGCACUGCAGUGGAGAACAUUAUGAGGGAAAGAUCUCCACGACCAUGUCUGGACUCGACUGCCAGGCCUGGGACUCGCAGAGCCCGCACGCUCAUGGGUAUAUCCCUGCCAAAUUUCCAAGCAAGAACCUGAAGAAGAAUUACUGUCGCAAUCCCGAUGGGGAGCCACGCCCCUGGUGCUUCACCACAGACCCCAACAAACGCUGGGAAUACUGUGACAUCCCCCGCUGCACAACACCCCCACCCUCUUCUGGUCCAACCUACCAAUGUCUGAAGGGAAGAGGUGAGAACUACCGAGGGACCGUCUCUGUCACCGUGUCCGGAAAAACCUGCCAGCGCUGGAGUGAGCAGACCCCUCAUAAGCACAACAGGACACCAGAAAAUUUCCCCUGCAAAAAUCUGGAAGAAAAUUACUGUCGUAACCCGGAUGGAGAAACCGCUCCCUGGUGCUAUACCAUGGAUGGAGAUCUGAGGUGGGAAUACUGUGAGAUUCCAUCCUGUGACUCCUCUGCAUCCUUGCCAGAACUUUCCGAUUCCUCAGUUCUACCGGAGCAGACACCUGUGGUCCAGGAAUGCUAUCAAGGCAAUGGGCAGAGCUAUCGGGGCACAUCGUCCACCACCAUCACAGGGAAAAAGUGCCAGUCCUGGGCAUCUAUGACCCCACACCGGCAUCAGAAGACCCCAGAGAAGUUCCCAAAUGCAGGCUUGGAAAUGAACUACUGCAGGAACCCAGACGCCGACAAGGGCCCUUGGUGUUACACCACUGACCCAAGCGUCAGGUGGGAAUACUGCAACCUGAGGAGAUGCUCCGAGACAGGAGGGGGCGCUGCAGAGUCGCCGGUGGUCCCCCAAGUUCCAGAUGUGGAGGCCACCUCUGAGCCAGACUGCAUGAAUGGGGUUGGUAAAGACUAUCGAGGCAAAAUAGCUGUCACUGCGACUGGCACCCCUUGCCAGGAAUGGGCUGCCCAGGAACCCCACCCUCACAGCAUCUUCACCCCGGUGUCAAACCCACGGGCGGGUCUGGAAAAGAACUACUGCCGAAACCCGGAUGGUGAUGUCAAUGGUCCUUGGUGCUACACAACAAACCCCAGAAAACUUUAUGAUUACUGUGAUGUCCCCGUGUGUGCCUCACAAGCACCGUACGAGUGUGGGAAGCCUCGUGUGGAGCCGAAGAAAUGCUCUGGGAGAAUAGUGGGCGGCUGCGUGGCCUAUCCACACUCCUGGCCCUGGCAAAUCAGCCUUCGAACCAGACUCACUGGACAGCACUUCUGUGGAGGAACUUUGAUAUCCCCAGAGUGGGUGUUGACUGCUGCACACUGCUUGGAGAAAUCUUCAAGACCUGGAUUCUACAAGGUUGUCCUGGGUGCGCAUGAAGAAAAUAUUCGUGGGUCAGAUGUUCAGCAAAUAGAAGUAGCCAAGCUGUUCUUGGAGCCCACCCGAGCCGACAUUGCCCUGAUGAAGCUAACCCGCCCAGCCAUCAUCACAGAUAAAGUCAUUCCAGCUUGUCUGCCAUCUCCAAACUACGUGGUUGCCGGAGGGAUGCUGUGCUACAUCACUGGCUGGGGAGAAACUCAAGGGACUUUCGGUGCUGGCCUUCUCAAGGAGGCCCAGCUGCCUGUGAUUGAGAACAAGGUGUGCAACCGCUAUGAGUAUCUAAACGGCAGAGUCAAUUCCAGAGAGCUUUGUGCCGGGAAUUUGUCCGGUGGCACUGACAGCUGCCAGGGCGACAGUGGAGGACCUCUGGUUUGCUUCGAGAAGGACAAGUACAUUUUACAAGGAGUCACUUCUUGGGGUCUUGGCUGUGCUCGCCCCAAUAAGCCCGGUGUCUAUGUUCGCGUUUCAUGGUUCGUUAAUUGGAUAGAAGAAGUGAUGAAAAAUAAUUAAUUGGGCGGGCGGCAGAGCAAAGCAUCGACUUACUAAAACUUCCUAGACGCUGCAGGUGGUGGUGGGGGGAGACUUGGGUUUCUUGGAAA